UUCGCCUUCCUCAACAGCAGUGGGUUGCUGAUUGCCUGCUGGUAACAUGGAGGUACAGCUCAGCCAAGCCCUUCUCUGCCAUUGACGAGGCAUCAGACAACAGCAGGAUUGGUCUAUCCCAUUCCCAGACUCUGGACUGAGGCCCUAUAGUCUUGAGAGGACUGAAAUAUUUUGCCUAACCAAGUCACUGUGAUUGCCAAGCCAGGAAACAUCAGCUGGAAGAAGAAUAAUGGAAAAUUGUACAGACACAAAUAAUAGCUCCACUUGCACAGGAAUUCCCUACAAAGACAGCAAGACACUUCUGGUUGCUGUUUACAGCAUCGUUUUUGCCAUAGGCCUUCCAGCAAAUUGCUUAACUUCCCUGCUUACAUUUGUACAAAUCCAAAGGAAUAAAGUAAUUGCCAUCUACAUUUUCAGCUUAUCGUUGUGUGAGCUGAUGUAUUUAAGUACUUUGCCUCUCUGGAUUAUCUACGUGCAAAAUGAGCACCAGUGGACUAUGGGUGUAAAGGCUUGCAGAAUAACAGGAUUCAUCUUUUUCUGCAACAUAUACAUCAGCAUUCUGCUUUUGUGCUGCAUUUCUGUGGAUCGUUACGUGGCACUAGUGUAUGCUCUGGAGUCAAGGGGGAGAAGAGGACAGAAAAAGGCAAUCAUAAUAGUGUGUUUUCUCUUUGCUGUGGUUGCAGUAAUCCACACUCCAGUAUUCCGCAUGGAAGAUUAUCGAGAACAUAAGACCUGCUUUGAGACUUUGCCCCUUGACAUAAAAUUGGCUUCUUUCAGCUUUGCCAGAUUCCUAUUUGGAUUUGCCAUACCUUUCACAAUCCUCAUUUUCACAAACUAUAAAAUUUUCCAAAGUACAAAAACAAGCAGCAGCUUGACUUGUCGCCAAAAAGACAAAGUGAAGUAUCUGGCUAUCGCCAUUAUUGUAAUUUUCCUGAUCUGCUUUGCUCCCUACCAUGUGGUACUCAUAAUAAGAUCCAUAUACUUCAUGUUUCAUCAAAAUUGCUCGUGUCCAUUUGAAAAAGAUAUAUAUUCAAUUUUUACUGUGUUUCUGUGUUUAGCCACUGCAAACAGCAUUGCCGAUCCAAUCAUCUAUGUGCUGGUUAGUGAAAACGUCAGAAAAGAUUUUUAUAGGACUCUGAGAAGAUGGAGAUUGAACUCAUCCAGGCUAAAUUCAUCCAUUAAUCACAAGUCUGACAGCAUAAAAUUGAAAAUGUCAAAAGAAUCACAGGAAGGAGGACUAAGAGAAGAAAACAAAGAAAUGCCGGCUUCAUCUGACAUUCAGAAGACCUGUAAUAGUGGCAAAGACCAAGGAGGUGGUAGCUAGCAGUUUGCUGGUAACACAGAUACGAAGUUCCCAACACCAGCUGCGGGAUGCAGGCUGCAGCACACAAGUAUUUCCAUGCUGACGUCCGUAGGAAGCCUUGUCAUAGCGCACGGGCCAGCAACUCCUUGAGGGUGCUGCUGGAACAAUGCUUUGUAUUUCUGUUUGUCUCCUACAACAGAGUUUGUCCACCAGCAUCAUUGGUGAAAGUAUUGCUUUGCUAAGGACAUGUGGAAUAAACUAAGUAGUUUACUUUGACUCAAAUUGAAAUCUUAGAAGUUUAUUUUUUGGACUGGCUCUUUUCCUCCUAUAACUCAGAACCAGUUUUAUCUUCUGAGAUGGACAAAAAAAAUCCCUGCUGAGGAGAAUAAUGUAGGGCUCAUUUUUAUGGUUGAAAUUUUUAGCUCUUGAGGAGGUAUACGUUCAGAUUCUCAUACACAUACUCGGUUGUUAACGUUUGUGGUUAACCAGUGGAAAAUAUUAAAAAUGAGGAAGUCUUUCAACAAGAGCCUUGAAAAUGUUCCUAAUACUUCAGUAUGCAGCUUUAUCUACCUUGCACAUUCCGGAGAGAGUUAAAGAGCAAAACAGUGACCUGAUAACAGACCAACAGUACUUCUACUGUAUUAGUCAAGAUCCUGCACUGUCCUGAAAUUCUUAAAAUGUACAGUUCUAAAGCUUGAUAUUUUACAAUUAGUAGAUGACACUUAUUUUGCAGUUAAGCCUGGAAUGCACUGAAGUAUAUAGAAGAUGUAUACAUUUCUGGGUGGUGUCAUGAACUGGUCUUGUGCCAUCUCUGAGCAUUUGUUGAACCUGUGUUUCAUUUCUGACUAAGCUAACAGUUCCCUCUUGGUAUCAAUCCAAGUUUUGGUGUGUAGGAGUCGGUACAAAGUGCCCUACUGACAAGGGGGGGCUCCCUCGGACAUGCUGGUGGUGCACACAUGAGACUAUGCUGGGGCAGAUCUUGUUGUUGCUGCUGCCACUUUCUCUACAAAUAAAUUAUUGAUAGUAGUUUCCUGUGCCUUUGAACCAGAAUUUUAAAAAUAUGUGUGAUACAAACCUGGCACGAUUUAUCUAAACAGCUUCUUCAUAUUUUUAUGUGACCAAAAUAAAACAAAGAUCAUUAAUCAAUUGGAUGUU